AUGGCAAGAACAAAAAGUUCUCGGAAUGACCUUACCUUGCCGACCACGCUGGGCCUCUCCCUGGGCACGUUGCAGCAUGUGAUCACCGUUGGCAUCGGCUCGCCGGCCGUGAACCAGACCAUGUUCAUCGACACCGGCAGUGACGUGUCCUGGGUGCAGUGCAAGCCGUGCUCGCGGUGUCACUCGCAGGCGGACUCGCUCUUCGACCCCAGCUUGUCGAGCACCUACUCUCCGUUCACCUGCAGCUCCGCCGCCUGCGCGCAGCUCCGCCAAGACGACCGAGGAAAUGGCUGCUCUGGCUCCCAGUGCCAGUACAUUCUCAACUAUGGAGAUGCUUCGAGAACCACCGGGAGCUACAGCUCCGACACGCUCUCACUGGGCUCCAAUGCUGUCAGCAACUUCAAGUUCAGGUGCAACCAGUCUGAGUCUUGCCUCCUUCUCCACGACCAGGACCAGACCGCUGGGCUCAUCGAGCUCGGCGGCGGAGCUCAGUCGCUGGCCACCCAGACCUCAGGGACCUUCGGCAAGGCCUUCUCAUACUGCCUCCCGCUGACUCCGGGCUCGUCCGGGUUCCUCACUAUGGGUGUAGCAACCUCGGGUUUCGUCGUCAAGACACCGUUGCUGAGGAGCAGGCAGGUCCCUGAAUACUAUGGCGUCAAGAUCAAGCACAUCAGAAUCGGCACGCUACCUCUACAUCUACCUUCGGGAUUAGUAUUAGACCUAAAUAAUUGUUAUUUGGUGCCAGCGUUAAGCAUGAACAUUAUAUCUGGAUCUUGUUUGAUGCAAGACGGUUAUUCAUUUAAAUCGGCGUUCAGGGCCGGCAUGAAGCAGUACCCGCCGGCGCAGCCCAUGGGCAUCUUGGACACGUGCUUUGACUUCAGUGGCCAGUCCAGCAUCAGAAUACCGACCAUCGCACUGAUGUUCUCCGGGGGCGCCGUCGUCAACCUCUCCCCCGAGGGGAUCAUUCUGGAGAGCUGCCUCGCCUUCGCGGCCAACCGCGAUGACAGCUCCCUCGGCAUCAUCGGCAACGUGCAGCAGCGGAUGUUCGAGGUGCUCUACGACGUUGGUGGCGGCGCCGUGGGGUUCAAUGUAGGUGCAUGCUGA